UCUGGUGGUAUAUUUAAACAUUGCAUCAAGCGUUGAACUGGAUCUUUAGUAUUCAAGGUCAUCAAUCUCCAUGUGAUUAAGUCACACAAUGGAUUCAAACUAUCGUAAAACAAGAUUUAAAAAAAAGACUACAACAUAUAGCUGGAGUAUCUCAGCAGGUCUGGCAGCAUCUGUGGAGAGAAAACAGAGUUAACAUUUCCAGUAUAGUGAUCCUUCUUCAGAAGUUCUGAAGUGUUGAGUUUCCCCAGCAAUUUUUUUGUUUUCUUUCAGAUUUCCAGCAUUCACAGGUUUUUUUUUUGUUUUAUCUGAAGGUAAAUAAGAUGUUUUCCAAAUGAAUUCCUGCAGAAGAUAUGAUCCACGUUUAUUGUUUGGAUUUGAAGUUAUGCCGCAAUGAUAGUACGUUGUCCUGCAAAGCUUGCCAUGUGUACAUUGGCUGCCACUUCCUUUAUUGCAAAAUAAAAAAAUAGCAGUAGGAAGAGGUCAUUUGAACCCUCGAGCCUACUCUGCCUUUCAGUAAGACCCUGGCUGAUCUGACUGAGGCUUCAACUCGACUUGCCUGUCUGACCUUAACCCAUAAACCCCCUUCUCAAUCAAAAAUCAUUUUACUUUAUGUUUUAUCUUAUUUGUAAUGACUUGGGUUGAAUUUAUGCCUUAAGGUAAUGAGUAACUUGUCCUUUUCCUCUCUCUUUACCCCCUCCUCUCAGAGGAACAGGCAAAACUACGAUUUCAGAUGGAGCUCGAGUUUGUACAGUGUCUGGCGAACCCAAACUAUCUGAACUUUCUGGCACAACGAGGGUACUUCAGAGACCGAACAUUUGUCAAUUACUUCAAGUAUCUGCUGUACUGGAAGGAGCCGGAAUAUGCCAAGUACCUGAAGUACCCCCAGUGCCUCCACAUGCUGGAACUGCUGCAGUAUGAGCACUUCCGCAAAGAGCUGGUCAAUGCGCAGUGUGCCAAAUUCAUCGACGAGCAGCAAUUACUGCACUGGCAACAUUAUUCACGGAAACGAGUGAGGCUGCAGCAAGCACUGGCUGAACAGCAACAGCAGAACAUCACAUCCAGCAAGUGAGGGGACUGUACUGUUGGCUGAGGGUCAGGCAGGUGGAUUGAAGGAACCUGUGACAGAAUGUGUGAGGAAGCCCUGUCCUGAAGUGAUAAUACACAGACGUUUAAUUCAGUGGCAUUGAGGAGAUUCUGGAGAGUGAGGGGAGGACAAUCCUCCCCUCCGUAUUUCUGUUACAUGAAGCACAAAUUAACAGGAAGGAGCCUAUUGAGCUGAGUGCCUCCUGUUCAGACCUUGACUGGAUGUAACAAUAGUGUAGUUGCCUCUUGGACUGAAGAAGCUAAAUUCGUCAAGGUUAAUUCCAGAAAGUUAACUUAAAUGUUGCAGAGCAGAUCACAGCCAUAUUGGGGAGUGUUAGGUUUUUAUACAUGAAUAGUACAAUGUAAUGUAGUUAUCACAAGGAUUCACAUCUGAGUGAGAGUCAUUCUGUGAAAUAAUAAACCAAAUGGUUACUGCAAUGCC